CGCACCAGCGGCUUUUAUUAACGAGAGGCGCGGAAAAGGGACAACACUUCACAUGUGUUUAGUAGCAUGUAUAUAGCUGAAUUAUUCGCAAUUUAGACACGUAACAGAUCGGAGGCACUGUUCCCUGAUGGAGGAAGUAGACGUCGAGCCGACGGUCACUAAUAUACCAGGAAUCAGACAUGGGAAGCAUAUGGGAUUUGCCUGGGGUCCUGGAGAUAUCCUUGUUUAUGAAACACAUUUUAAACCGUCAGGUUAUACACUGUCAGGCCCGGGUGGCUCCUUCAUCCACAAAGUCAGGAAAGAUGAGGACAUAAAUUCUCCUAUUUUACGCAAACUGUUUAAUGAGUCGCAUCACAUCUUCGUUGGAUUGCAGACAAUCAACGAUGACCUCCCCAGCAAGAGCAAAAGACCCCAAUUCGUCAGCAUCAGUAGAAACUACAGAUCUGUGAUUCGGGCGUGUAUGGAGGAGCUUCAGCAAGUUGCAGUUUCUACAAGAGAUACAGAAAAAGGCACACAAUAUGGAAAUCAGGUUUCUAUUCUUUUGGCCAUUGAACUGAUCUGGAAUCUGUGUGAAGUGCUUUUUAUCGACGCUGCUCCUGCUGGCUCUCUCUUGCUUCAUCUUUUGGACUGGGUGAGGUUACACAAGGCUGAUGUUGACGAGAAGGCCAAGGAUGUGCUGCAGAGCGACAGUCCUGCAGAGCACCACAACUACUGGGAUGUGGUGGUGAGUUAUGUUCUGCAGGGCAGGUUGGAAGAAGCCAGGCAGAUGCUGGUGAAGCAGGCCACACUACAGCCAGCCUCUAGGAACAUGUACAAGCUGAUGGAUAGCUUACUCAGCAAAAUGCCUUUUUACAACCCUGGCGGCACGCAGACACUAACAGAGUUUGAUGUGAAGUGGAGGAACUGGCAUGAGGAGGUGGAUCGCUACCUCAAGGACAACACGUUUGCCAGCAACCGCCACCUGGAGCUCAUCUGUAAGAUCCUGGUGGGUGAUGAAGACACUCUGUUGGAGCAGAAGGAGCUGCUCAGCACCUGGUAUCACUUUCUUGUGACUCGGCUGCUCUACAGUCACCCCACAGUGAAACCGACUGACUUGCAUUACUAUGCACAGUCGUGCCUGACGAUGUUCCUGGACUCGAGGAGCGUCCAGGAGCCUCUAGACAGCAUCCUACUGGCCGCCUUUGAGUUUGACAUUUAUCUGGUCAUCAAGGACUGCAGCAUUGUUCUCAACAACUGGUGGUUUGUGGCUCAUUUGACAGACCUGCUGGAUCAUUGCAAACUCCUCCAGUCUCAUAAUCUAAACUUUGGGUCCAAUAUGAGGGAGUUCCUCCUGUUAGAGUAUGCCUCAGGUUUAUUCACUCAUCACAGUCUUUGGCAGUGCGCUGUGGAUUACUUCGACCACUGUCCGGAGUUGGGGCGAGCUUGCCUCGAGCUGCAGAUUGAGCGCGUGCCUUUAGACACGGAACGGAAAGCACUCAAAGUGCUCCGAAUUUGUGAGGAGAGGCAGAUGUCAGAGCAAGUGCGGAGUAUCUGUAAGAUCAUGGCUAUGAGAGCUUUGAGGAACAACAGACUGGGCUCCGCUCUGUCCUGGAGCAUCAGGGCCAAAGAUGCCGCCUUUGCCACCCUCAUUUCUGAGAGGUUCCUACAGGAUUACUGUGCCAAAGGGACUUUUUCUGAUUUGGAUCUGAUUGAUAAUUUGGGUCCAGCAAUGCUACUCAGCGACAGGCUCACAUUCCUCGGGAAGUACAGGGAGUUCCACAAACUGUACGGGGAGAAACGCUUCAAGGAGGCUGCAAAGCUGCUGCUCUCGCUCAUGACGGCGAAGAUUGCUCCCCGAAGCUUCUGGAUGACUCUGCUGACCGACGCUCUGCCGCUGCUGGAGCAGAAGGAGGUGAUCUUCUCUGCUGACCAAACCUACGAGUUGAUGUACUGUUUAGAGGAACUGACCUCCUCACUAGACACCGCAGCUUCUGGUGGAGAGAGACCAAUGCAGGAGGAAGAUGUGGAGCAGACCAAAGUGGAGCUUCUGAGACUCUCUCUGGCCAGGAAUCUGGCCAUGGCUAUCAUCAAAGAAGGAACCGUGGAGACAUGAGGGAGGAUCGAUAUUUAAAACAAAGCUCUUCUUUUGCUUUUCUUUUUGUAUUGUAUAUAAAAAUCAAGGAAUCCAAAUGUGAUUUUUGAUAAUAAAAUACUUUUCAUGCUGGACAUCAA